AUGAAACCAAGUUUCCUCGUUGUUAUCAUCGCUCUUGUAAGAUCAUGUAUAAGUUACCUUAUUAAGAAAAACAGUACCUUAGGAUACACAUAUUACAACGUCCUUGAAAAAAAUUUAAAGAGGAAAAAUCGCCAUACUAUUAGCAGCAAUAUUAGCAGCAAUAUUAGCAGCAAUAUUAGCAGCAGUAUUGACAGCAGUAUUAGCAGCAGUAUUGACAGCAAUAGUAGCAGCAGUAUUAGCAGCAAUAUUAGCAGCAGUAUUAGCAGCAAUAGUAGCAGCAAUAUUAGCAGCAGUAUUAGCAGCAAUAGUAGCAGCAGUAUUGACAGAAAUAGUAACAGCCGACAUGUUAAUAAAAAUGAAACAAAAAGUACAUACUUAAAUGACCACAUAAAAGAACCGGAUGCAGGGAAUAAUAAUUACAGAGAAGAAAAUAAGAAGCGAUGCAAGUUUUUAAAUGCAGUAAAAGAAGAAGACUACAAUUAUUUAUAUUUUUAUCAUAUAUUUAAAAAAGUUAAUAUGAUCAAGAAAGAAAAAUAUAUAUACAAUCCAACAAAAUAUGAAUCAGUCAGGUCGUAUAUAAAAAGAGAGUUAAAAGAAUGCCUAGAUAUUAACACCUCUUCUUAUAUUUUUAAAAUUUCUGAGUAUUACUCCAAGAGUAUUUUAGACGUUUCAGUAUAUGUCAAUGAAAUUGUAAACAUUCUCAGCUUCUUUACCUUUACCAGUUCAUGUAAUUUGCAGUAUGAAGAAAAUUUAUCAAAAUCGAAUUUCGAUGCUGCUACGAACUAUGCCAAUUAUGAGUAUGUACAGAAUGUAAUGGAUACUAGUAUUUCGGAUAAAGAUGAUGACAGUUCAAGUGAUAAUUCAAAGGAUAACUCAAAUUUUGAUAACAAUAAUAAUAGUCAUAUGAACGAAAGUUCUUCCACUUAUUUUGAUCAAACAGACAGUUAUAAUUAUCCCCAUGAAGAAAACCUAACUGACGAAGAACUGCAAGAAGGUGAAAAAUUUGACGAAAUGGAUAACUCAAAUAAUUUUCCAGAAUUCCUGAACUGUUCAGGUGAAAAAGGUGAAAUUGAUUUUUCCGAUAAUUACCCACGCAAUUUAUAUGAUGAGGAAAAAAUAAAAGAAAUAAAAGAAAAGUUCACUAACCAUCUGUAUGCAGAAGAUAUAGAAGCACACAUUUCGGACCAAAGAAGCAAUAGAAGAGAAAGCGCGAUCGAUCAAAAUGUAAGCGGCAAAAAGGUAAGGGGAAAAAUUGAGAGCCCCAGAAGUGAGAGCGACCCAGAUGAUAGUGGAGAGAACCUCCUCAAAACGUUGAAUGAAAAAAGGGAUAACGCAAAAAUACGCAGAGUAAUAAACAAAGACGACAAAUACAAAUCAUUUUGUAUGUACUUUUUCCGACUUGUUGAUUCGAUUAGUGGCUUGUUUUGCUGUAUUGGAAAAAGAAAAAAAAGAGAAGAAGUUUACAACUAUUUGAAAAAUUUUAAAGUAAGAGAAAAAAUAAAAAAUUAUACUUUAAAUGAUAUAAAAUUUACCACCGCUUUUAUGAUAUAUAUAAUUAGGCUAACAAAACAUAAAGACGCUAAUUUUAUUUGUUCAUUAAAAAAAUUAAAAGAAUAUAAAGAAGAGGAUAUUAAAGAGAUUUUUCUCAACUGUUUACAUGAUAAUCUUUUAGAUUUAGAUUACUUGAAAAAUUUAGAGUCUGAAUUUAAUAUCAAAGAGAAGAAAAAAAAAACAUUAACAAGUCAUAUUUUUUUUAAUAAUAAUGCAGAUGAGGUGGAUAAGACUGUAGAAAGUAGCAAUAUUAUAACAAGAAGUGUAAGCAGACAAGUAAACUUCGAUAAUUUAAGGAAAUUAGAAGACGAUUAUAAAGUAUUGCUAAAGAAACAUUCAGCAGAACGAAAAAUUAGAAAAAUGGUAAAAUACGAUGAGAGCGAUGUGAAAAGUAUAAUAACAGAACUUUUAAAAAAAAAUGUGUUUGAUAAUAGGAAUAAUAUUAAUGUUAAUAAAAAAAAUAAAAAUAAAAAAAAUAAAACUAUAACAAAUGCCUUACUACCUAUUGACAUUUAUGAAAUAGAAGAACAACGCAUACAUGAGGUAUUAAAGAAGAGAUAUAACAAAACAACAAUAGAUAGAAACACUGUCAAUGGUUUAAUAAAAAAAAUUAAUGAAGUACUUGAUAUAUAUAAUGUUAAUAUAAACAUAAAAUUAAUGAACACACAGGAAGAGAGCAGCGGCGCACAGGAGGUCUACUUAGAUGAUGUAAAUGAAGGACGUCGAUAUAAAACAAAUGAACCUUCCGAACAGUAUGAAAUAGACAAUGAGCGUAAUUGUAGCAGUAGUCAUAUUAAAAUGAGCAAUUCUGAUGAAGGGCAAAUUUUAAGUGCGAAUCCCCUAAACAAGGAGGAAGAACAUGAAUGUAAGGUUGUAGACUUCAGUGAGUUAUCUCUGUCUGGGUUAAAAAAAUAUAUAUCGUAUAAAAGGAGUAAAGAGUUAGCAAAGGUACAUAGUAGUUCCAGCUCAAAUGAAAGGGCAGCAGUAGUAGCAGACGAAGGAGUGGUAGCAGACAAAGGGGUGGUAGCAGAUGAAGCAGUAGUAGCAGACGAAGCAGUAGUAGCAGAUAAAGAGGAAGAAGACGACGUUUUGAAAUAUUUCGAUAUAACACAAAAACAAGAUUCAAUUACAUUCGAAAUUAAUGCAUCUGUUUUAGAGAAUGAAUUUAAGUUAGCCAAUGAUGAAAAGUUUAGGCGAUCUUUUAUGGAUACCUCUAAUGGGGUACAGCAGGUAAGAUACACUCCUCAGCUUACUGAUCAAGCCAAAGGCUUAUGGACCGAUGCAAAUUUAGGCCAAGGGAUAAGCCAGGAGAUAUGCGAUAAUUUAGACGAAGAGUUGGAAAAAAUAGACAGAACGGUAUACCAAGGGAUGAGAGAAGAAGCAGGAAUAGCAGAUGAGGAAGGGAUAGUAGCAGAUGAGGAAGGGAUAGUAGCAGAUGAGGAAGGGAUAGUAGCAGAUGAGGAAGGGAUAGUAGCAGAUGAGGAAGGGAUAGUAGUAGAUGAGGAAGGAGAAGUAGCAGAUGAGGAAGGGAUAGUAGUAGAUGAGGAAGGGAGAGUAGCAGAUGAGGAAGGGAGAGUAGCAGAUGAGGAAGGGAGAGUAGCGGAUGAGGAAGGGGAGGAAGAUUUUGAUGAAGAGUUGAACGAUGAUAUAGAUGAUGAGGCAGAUGAUGAAGCAGACGAUACGAUAGACUACGAAACAGACGAUUGGAUAGAUGAAGAGGCCGCUCACAAAAAAAAGAUCAACAAAGGCAGCAGCGAAGAGGAAAGGCUGAAGCAGUUUUUUCUAUGCAAGGAGAAGGCAAAAUAUAGGUACAUAUUUGAAAACGUGUAUUACAAGAAUUUUAUGGAAAAGAUAAAAUUACUGCUACUAAUAUUAAAGAAUGAGAAUAAGAGCAAAGUGAUUGUUUGUGCUGAGGAGGAGGAGAGAAAUUUGAUUAAGAUGAAAUGUAAAAUUGAAAAGGUAGAGUAUGAUAAUAUGUUAAAUAUAUUAAAAAAUAUAAAACAUUAUAUAGAAAAGGAAAGGAGGUAUGAACAUUCCUGCUUUAUAUUUAUGAAUGAAAUAAAAAAUACUUUAGAAUUAAGAAGUAUAUUUGGUAGUUUAUCAGAAGAUAUGGACAAGAAUAAUAUAAUAACGUUUUACCAUUUUGCGGAAAAUGUUCAAAGAUCGCUAGUUCAUAAAAAAUUAUUUUAUGCCUUAACUAAAAAUGAAGAUAAUUAUUUGUUUUAUUUAAAAAGUAAAAAUAAAGAUGACAAAAAUAAAAUCAGUAACAUGAAAAAAGAUGCAAUGAAUAGUAAAAACGAUGAUAAGAUGAACAAUCAUCAUCUAUUUGUGCCUUACCAUAAAAAAAAAAAAAAAAAAAAAAUGUCCAAGAGCGAAGAAAAUUGGUUAUCCUUUAGAAGAAGGACGUUGAAAAAAAUUGAUGAAAUGAAAAAAAAAGCAGAACUAAUAAAAAAGAGGAAGAUGGAGAAGAGGGAAAAGAAAGUUAAAAGAGUCGUUGCAAUGUUAAAGUCGAAGAAGCACACAAAGUAA